CCCGUUUCUCUUCCUCUGUAGACCUCAUUCUGAAACCCUAACUAGCUGCCGUCGCAACAUCUCCCUCUCUCUUUUAUUUUCUCUGCUCUCAGCUCUCAAUCCUCUAGAUAUGGCCGGAAAGGGUGAGGGCCCUGCGAUUGGUAUUGAUCUAGGUACAACGUACUCUUGCGUCGGAGUAUGGCAGCACGAUCGGGUCGAAAUCAUCGCAAACGACCAAGGUAACCGUACGACCCCGUCGUAUGUUGCGUUCACCGACACCGAGCGGCUGAUCGGCGAUGCUGCCAAGAAUCAGGUCGCUAUGAAUCCCAUCAACACCGUCUUUGAUGCCAAGCGAUUGAUUGGUAGGCGGUAUACUGAUGCUUCAGUACAGAGUGAUAUCAAGCUUUGGCCCUUCAAAGUUAUUCCUGGACCUGGAGACAAGCCCAUGAUUGUUGUCCAGUACAAUCCAGUACAAGGGAGAAGAAAAGAGGAAAAGCAGUUUGCAGCUGAAGAAAUCUCAUCAAUGGUUCUAAUUAAGAUGCGUGAGAUUGCUGAGGCCUAUUUAGGAUCCUCUGUAAAGAACGCUGUUGUCACUGUUCCCGCAUACUUCAAUGACUCGCAGCGCCAAGCCACAAAGGAUGCUGGUGUCAUUGCCGGUCUUAAUGUUAUGAGAAUAAUCAAUGAGCCGACUGCUGCUGCCAUCGCCUAUGGCCUUGACAAAAAGGCUUCCAGCGUAGGUGAGAAAAAUGUUCUCAUUUUCGACUUGGGCGGUGGGACUUUCGAUGUCUCUCUCCUCACCAUCGAAGAGGGUAUUUUUGAAGUCAAGGCAACUGCAGGAGACACUCAUCUUGGUGGUGAGGAUUUUGACAAUCGCAUGGUUAACCACUUUGUUCAGGAAUUUAAGAGGAAAAAUAAGAAAGAUAUCAGCAACAAUCCCAGAGCUCUUAGGAGAUUGAGGACUGCUUGUGAAAGAGCAAAGAGAACUCUAUCUUCGACUGCUCAAACCACCAUCGAAAUUGAUUCUCUAUACGAGGGCAUUGAUUUCUACACCACCAUCACUCGUGCCAGGUUCGAGGAGCUUAACAUGGAUCUAUUCAGGAAGUGCAUGGAACCUGUGGAGAAGUGCUUGAGGGAUGCAAAGAUGGAUAAGAGCACUGUUCAUGAUGUGGUUUUGGUUGGAGGAUCCACUAGGAUUCCAAAGGUGCAGCAGCUGUUGCAGGACUUCUUCAAUGGGAAGGAGCUCUGCAAGAGCAUCAAUCCCGAUGAGGCUGUUGCCUAUGGUGCCGCUGUCCAAGCUGCCAUUUUGAGCGGUGAGGGCAACGAGAAGGUUCAGGACCUCCUCCUGCUCGAUGUGACUCCUCUCUCUCUUGGUCUCGAGACUGCUGGUGGUGUCAUGACAGUCUUGAUUCCAAGGAACACCACCAUCCCUACCAAGAAGGAGCAGGUCUUCUCGACCUACUCAGACAAUCAGCCUGGUGUCUUGAUCCAGGUAUAUGAAGGUGAGAGGACUAGAACAAGGGACAACAAUCUGCUCGGCAAAUUUGAGCUCUCUGGCAUACCACCUGCUCCCAGGGGUGUUCCUCAGAUUACUGUUUGCUUCGACAUUGAUGCUAAUGGUAUUCUGAAUGUUUCUGCUGAGGAUAAAACAACUGGGCAGAAGAAUAAGAUCACAAUCACCAAUGACAAGGGCCGGCUGAGCAAGGAAGAGAUUGAGAAGAUGGUUCAGGAAGCGGAGAAGUAUAAAUCUGAGGAUGAGGAACACAAGAAGAAGGUGGAGGCCAAAAACACAUUGGAGAAUUAUGCUUACAACAUGAGGAACACCAUCAAGGAUGAGAAGAUUGCCUCGAAGCUUGCUUCUGAUGACAAGAAGAAGAUUGAAGAUGCGAUUGAUCAGGCCAUCCAGUGGCUUGAAAGUAAUCAGUUGGCGGAGGCUGAUGAGUUUGAUGACAAGAUGAAGGAAUUGGAGGGCAUCUGCAACCCCAUCAUUGCCAAGAUGUACCAGGGAGCUGGACCUGAUAUGGGUGGAAUGUCUGAUGAUAUUCCAACUGGUGGUGGUAGUGGUGCUGGUCCCAAGAUUGAAGAGGUCGAUUAAAAUUUUAAACUUAUAGUUAUAUCGCAACUUGUUUGGAUUCACUUUACUGCAGACUUAUUUUCAUUUGUUCUCGUGUCUCUUCCUUUUGAAAAACUUGAUAUUAGGUGUUUGUUGUGCACGGCCUAAAGUUUAGGCCGUGUUUGCUCGUCUUUGACAAUUUUUAUUCUAUGGUUAUAUCGUUUUGUGUUUUACCAUAUUUUAGUAAUGUUAUGGAUUUCUGCUUUAUUAUCUUCUA